CUCAAGCAUAUCACUCACGCUCAAUGAACUCUCACGACAUCUCUCUCUUUCCGCCCCAGCGCGUUCCAACUGAAAUCUGGACCGAGAUAUUCGACUUAUGCGCACCCAUCGAGGACCUUUCAGACGAAACCACAGCUGAGCAGGAGAAGGAGCGGCUCUCAAAGAACUAUUUGAUACAAUUUUCCCAGGUAUGCUCGCUGUGGCAUACUCUCACCUUGAAUACACCGUCCUUAUGGAGGGUGCUGAUCGUGGACACCACCCUGUGGCCUGGGACCGGGCGCUCAGCGGCGGCCCUUACUGCCCUCGUCCGGAAAAGCGGUAACGACCCGAUCCGCGUUGAAAUCGCUGUGUCGAACACCCUGGUGGACGUUGAUGUGAUGAACCUGCUGACAGCUCAUUCCCGGCGCUGGACGCAUUUCACACUGUGGACUGACGUCUACAGCGAUUACGAUCCCUUCCGAUUACUUCUCCCUGUCAAGGGCAAUAUUCCGCUGCUGCGGUUUUUGGAGAUCGCAACCCAGUGGGAGGAGCAAGAUUGGGACGCGGAGUACCGCAGCCUGUUUGCCGCAGCCCCUAGUCUCACCCGGUUCUAUGCAACGGCUCCCUGCGACCGUAUUACAGAUGUUCCAUGGCCGCAGCUCAAACUCUUCAAAUGGACAUUGGACUAUAAAAAGCUGACCAGUGACGCACUUGCCUUCCUGACACGGCUGCCCAUUCCGUUCGUGUGUUUGAUGGUUGACGUCCCGGAUAUCAUCCAUGUCGGGGAAAUUCCUCGGCUCGGGCAUCACGUCUUAUCCGAUGUGCUGCAGGGCCUGACAUUGGUGAUAUCCGGCGGUGUCAGCUGCAUGGAACGCGUGCUCCAUGCUCUCACAUCCCCCGGUCUCCGUUCUCUUGCUGUCAAAGGCCGUUUCGAAGACCCUGCGUAUGCGAUAUGGUGGGAUCGUGAUGCGCUCCUGCCUUUCAUUUUCAGGUCCAAGCUCGGAUCCAGCCUGCGUUUCCUGGAGGUUUCCCGAGUCCUGAUCACAGCUGAUGAGCUGCUCGAAUGUCUCCAAAAUUUGCCUCUUCUGGAGGAUCUGUUGCUCGCGGAGGGAAAUGACGACCUGGACGACUUUUUCAUCACGGAUGAUCUUCUGGUCGGCUUGGUGGUGGUAGACCUCGUGCCGCGCUUGACUUUUCUCUGUCUGACAUCCCACAUCGUCUUUUCCGAACAAAGCUUGGAGCAGCUCGUUCUCGGCCGGGUACGGAGACCUGUACAGGCCGAAACCACAGGCGACUUUGAUCUGAAGGUGUUUCACCUGCCAGAAAGUCUGGGGGCUUUGUCGACUGAGUUGCUGGAGCGGAUGCAGAACCUGGAGAGGGAGACCGAAUUUGAAUUCCAAUUCACGUAUGCAGCAGACCCAGACUUUCUGUGA